AUGUCCCCCGCUCUCCCCCCAUCUCCCUCGCUCGUCCCCCAUUCGUUCCAAAAAAGCAUCCCUCAUCCCCCUCCGCUCUCCCCUCAUCUCCCCCGCUCUCCCCUCGUUUCCGCCCGCUUCACUCCCCCCUCCCCCCUCCCGGCUCUCCCUGUCAUCUCCCCCCACUCUCCCCUCAUAUUCCCUUUCCCUUCCCUCAUCCCCCCCCGCUCUCCCCUCCUCUCUCUUCCCAAUCACCCCUCAGCCCUUCUCCUGUUUACCCCUCAUACCCCCUCCGACCCCUUCCGCCUACCCGCUUCCCUUUUCUCCCCUACCCACUCACCCCUCAUCUCCCCCCUUCCGCUCCUAUGGCACGAGCUUGGAGCUGCAUGGGCCAACCUUCUUAUAGUUACCAAGUUACCAAGACUUGCUGUUGCGAUGCGGAUUCCUGCUCACCCCGCUAGUUCUUGGUGGCGGGAGACGAAGCGGCACCAGAUGAGAGAUCGAACGAAGUCGCGAACAUGUUUCGACCUAGGUUCGUCUUCACGCCAUCGCCUGGUCUGCCUUCUCCUGGGAAUUCGUCGCACGCACGGCUUCCGCCGCUGUCGCAACGGAAAUCGCAAGCAGCUUGCACCAAUCACCACGGUGCCGGCGAUCCCCGUUUUGAGGCGGGAGAGACGAGCAGCAGGUGCUGCAGCAGCGAAUGGGGAAUGGGACAGGAGAAUGGUGGCGUUCCUUCUCAGCAUGUGCACAUCUCUCCACCCUGCCCCGCCCUCCGCAGCUUCUUCCUGUUCCGCCCCCUCUCCCUCCACCUUUCCUGUCCCUGGUCCCUCGUCUCCUCCUUCAAUCCCCCCUACUGGUCCAGCGAGGGGUGGGCGCAUGAGCAGAGAGGAGAUGGUGGCGCUGCUGCAGCAGCAGUGGGAGAGGGAGCUGCUGAGAAGUGGCAGCCGCAGGUUCGGGGCAGUGGGUGAAAGCAGCAAGGAAGGGGAAGGGCGUUGGAAACGCAGAUUACAAAAUGACAUGAGCAGCACGGGGGUUGCCAAGCUGAAGCCGUAUCAUGUGAGCGAAGUGCUGAGGACACUGUUUGACGCUGACGUCGGUCUGGCGUUGUUCCGGUGGGCCAAGGACGUGCAGGGAGUGACGCCGGACGAAUUCGUGUACUCUGCCCUUUUUGGACUGCUGGGGCGGGGGAAGGAUGCGGCAGGGCUGGCGAGGGCGGUGGAGGAGAUGAGAGAAGACGGGUGCUGCGAAAAUGCAUUCACGCUGCAAGCACUCGCUGCCGCGUACGCUCGUGCUGGCAGGUUUGAGGAGGCUCUUGCGACGCUAGCCGAGUUGGAGCAUCAGGGAUUUUCGGAUGGUCGGCGGUCUACUGUUGGGGCUCGAGUGGACGUGUUAUUCCGCAUGGGCCGCGUUGCAGCUGAGGCCGUGUUCAAGGAGAUGAUUUCACGGGGAAUGGUAAGCUCUGUGAAUACUCUCAUGGAAGCGUAUGGCUCAGUUGGCCGGAUUGACGACGCGAUGGCAGUUUUUGACCGCAUGUGCCUGGCUGCUGUUGCUGCUCGGACAAAUCAGGGGGGAGGAGAAGGAGAAAGGCAGAAGGGUGAAGGAAACACAAGGGAAGGGGGUGGGACUGGCAGCUGUGCGCAAGUGCCGACUGCUUCUCCUGAAGUGUCUCAAGAUUCACGUGCCGUACGUCCUCCUCCGUCCAUUUGGCCAGCCCCGGACAUGAUCACCUACAGGAGUGCAGUGAACCUGCUGGGCAUAGCUGGGCGGCUGUCAGAAGCAGAGGCCACGUUUGAGGCGAUGCUCGUGGCUGGAAUGCACCCAGACGCCAUGGCUUGGUCCACCUUGGUGCUGAUGUGGGCCAGAGAGAGCAAUCCCGAGUGUGCAGCCAUGUGGUUCAACCGCAUGCUUCUCUCCGGGUGUCAGCCCAAUGCGGCGGCGUACAAUGCGCUCCUGCUCGCGUUUGUGAGUGCGGAGAUGUUUGACGAAGCAGAGGAGGUGCUCUCUGCAUUCAAAAACGGGUGGGACGUGGUGGGGCAGGUGGGGAUAACUCCAGGAGGAGAAAAGCACACUAAUUUCAGCAAACACAAGCCAGAAAAUGUCCCAUGUUCCACAGGCGAAACCAUGGGUGGUCAUGGUUACGUCAGGCCAGGCCGGGCUUUGAACCUGGUGCGAGGGAAGGUGCUCAAUCUGCCUGUUGGCGAGCGUCCUGACCUGAUGACCUACACCAUGCUGCUGAAUGCUUGCACCGCCUGCACUGCUCGCAGCGGUGUGGGCCGGUUGAUGCGGCUGAUGGAAGAGACGGAGCAUCCUGCCCACUCCGUGUUCCAGCUGCUUUUGGAGGGGUUUGAGGGUGCUCAGUCUGUGUGUCGCGUGCUUAUGGGGGAGGCCGUGAGUGAGGGAGAAGCAGAGGAGGGUGAAGAGGGAGCUGCAGUUGGUGAGGUCGAGCCAACAGGAUCAUCAUCAGCAGCAGCAGCAGCAGCAGCAACAGGUGGUGGUGGUGCUGGUGGUGGUGGUGCACUAUCCCGGAAUGAAUUACCACCCUUGCAGUGGAUGCGGCCGGGGAAGGUGGAGGUGGUGACGGGGUGGGGCAAGCGCAGCCGGGUGCAGGGGGCGUCGCUGGUGAAGGCAGCGGUGGAGGCGCUGCUGCUGAGGGACCUCACAGCGCCCUUCUCCCUCCAUCGCUCCCAUCCCGGCUCGUACGAGGCCCUUGGCGCGGACCUUGAGCAAUGGCUGCUCACGCCAGGUGUUGAUCAGCUACUGGCUCCUAAAAAUGAGGACUGA